AUGGCUUCGCUGGCCAGCACCACUUCAGGCACGGACGAUGGCGUCCGUAGGAAGCCUCGCCUGGCAGCCUCGCUACAGAUCAACCCGGGUCCUUGGAGGCCCUCAGCCAGCCUGGGCCAAGACACCUGGGGGCCCCUGCCUGACCCCGCCCAGGCCCCACUGGAGGCGGUGGCAGCGGCAGGGGAUGGUGGGUCGGGGGCAGGCGCUGGAGUCGGGCAGCUCGGGGCAGUGUGGGCUCGGGAAGACCCUGGGGUGGCCGUGGGGAGGUCCUCGAGGGUCUCUGUCCCACCUGCAGGGCCUGCUGGGGACUUCCCGCCGGCUGUCCAGCAGCUGAGCCUGCCGCUCAGAGACCCGCCGCCUGGCCAGGCCGUAGCCUUGCUGGAGCAGUGCGCGGCCAGGCUGGGCCUCGCCCUCACCUUCCGCGAGGACCAGAAAGCAGGUCCCUGUUUUCCCUUCUCUACGUGCGUGGAACUGGAUGGGGUGGUCUGCCCUGUAGGCACCGCAAGCAGCAAGACAGAGGCCAAACAGCAGGCGGCACUCUCUGCCCUCCGCUACAUCAAGAGUCAGCUAGAGAGCCCAGAGAACAUCCUGACCCACGAGCAGCGCUGUGCGGCUGUCGUCAGUGCCGGGUUGGAUCGCCUGCUGGAUGAGGACUCGCCAUACCAGGCCUGCAAGGGGACUGUGGCUGCAGUCAUCCUGGAGAGGGAGAUCCCAGGCUCCAGGGGCCACACCAAGGAGACCUAUGAGCUGGUGGCACUGGGGACAGGCAACGGCAGCUGUGCUGGCUGGCUGGAGUUCUCAGGCCGGCAGCUUCAUGACUGCCAUGGUCUGGUCAUUGCCCGCAGGGCCCUGCUGAGGUUCUUCUUCCGGCAGCUCCUGCUAGCCACUCAGGGAGGUCCCAAGGGCAAGGAGCGGUCCGUGUUGGUCCCCAGCCUGGGCCCGACCCCCUUUGCCCUCAAGCCCCAGAUCUUCUUGCACCUGUACGUCAGCAACACUCCCAAGGGAGCGGCCCACGAUGUCUACCUGCCGUUGUCCUCGGAGGACAGUGUUCUGAAUAACCCGGCCUUCCGCCUGCAGGCCCACGUCUGUGGGCAGCUGAAGCCGGUGUCCUAUGUGGCCCCUGCCCUCCGCGACACCCACGUGGGCUGCCUGUCAGCCAGUGACAAACUGGCGCGCUGGGCUGUGCUGGGGCUGGGUGGUGCACUGCUUGCUCACUUCCUGCCACCACUCUAUGCCACCAGCCUCGUCCUGGCUGACCCCUGCCAUGACCCCCCUACACUGAGAAGGGUCAUUCAUGCCCGGCCCAGCCUAGACAGUGCCUUGGGGUCGUGCCUGCCCCCUCCUUACGUCCGCACCAACCUACACCUGUUUUCAGGGCCCCCAGUGGCCCCCUCCAGCCCUGUCCCCAGCACCUGCCAGGGUCUCAGCCUCAACUGGAGCCUGGGAGACCCUGACAUUGAAGUUGUGGAUGUGGCCACCGGGCGUGUAAAGGCCAACGCUGCCCUUGGGCCUCCUUCACGCCUCUGUAAGGCUGCCUUUCUGGGGGCCUUUCGCCAGGUUGCCCGUGCUCUGGGGAAGCCACACCUCCUGGCCCUGCAGACCUAUGAGGCUGCCAAGGCCGGACCCUACCAGGAGGCUCGUCAGCAGCUGUCUCUCCUUUUGGACCAGCAGGGCCUGGGAGCUUGGCCCUCAAAGCCACUUGUGGGCAAGUUCAGGAACUGA